UUUUGGACUCAGUUCAGUUUCUUGCAUGUCAAUUUCAGACCUAGUGUCUCUCUGUCCAUUUACUGUUUUAGGGGCAAAAGAGAACACGUUAACCACGCGUGCAAAACAAUGACAUUUCUGCAGGCACAGACGCGUUUAUCCAACCAGCGUUAGUGUUUGGAAAUGUUUGCUUCCUCGGUGGAUUUUUUUGCAUUUUAAAGUUUUGUUUUUUUCCAGUGCAAUAUUGUUGCAUGCGGGCUAUACGCACAAAAGCAAAGCAAACUCUUCCUCUGUACGGUGGAUAUUGAUUGGGUGGGAGUUGGGUCAUUGGGCAAAUCAUCUUUUUAAAUGUUCGAAAAGGAUACCAAUACGCUUUUUAAAAGGAGACCAUCUGGUGCCGUAGGGUUCUCUUAAAUUUAAGGAAUAUGUUUGCGUCCUGGUUCACUUUUACACUUCUUUGGGGAACUUUUUGUGCAGGGCCUGGUCGCGGGGAGGCGGAGACCAGAGAGUGUAUUUAUUACAAUGCCAACUGGGAUCUGGAGAAGACCAAUCGGAGUGGAGUGGAACGCUGCGAGGGGGAGAAGGACAAGCGCCUCCACUGCUACGCUUCCUGGCGCAAUAACUCUGGCACCAUUGAGCUGGUGAAGAAAGGCUGCUGGCUGGAUGACUUCAACUGCUAUGACAGGCAGGAGUGCGUGGCCACAGAGGAAAACCCCCAGGUAUUUUUUUGCUGCUGUGAGGGCAACUACUGCAAUGAGAAAUUUACUCACUUGCCUGAAGUUCUUGAACCACAAGUUUCCUUUGAGCCCCCUCCCCCCACGCCCUCUCUGUUGAAUAUCCUGGUCUACUCCCUGCUUCCCAUCACCGGCCUCUCCAUGGCCGUGCUGCUGGCUUUCUGGAUGUACCGGCAUCGCAAGCCCCCGUAUGGGCACGUCGAUGUGAACGAGGAUCCUGGACUAGCCCCUCCUUCGCCUCUGGUAGGCCUUAAGCCCCUGCAGUUACUGGAAAUUAAAGCUAGGGGACGCUUUGGCUGUGUGUGGAAGGCUCAGCUAAUGCAUGAGUAUGUAGCAGUGAAGAUCUUCCCCAUUCAGGAUAAGCAGUCAUGGCAGAACGAGAGGGAUAUUUUCCUGACUCCUGGAAUGAAGCAUGAGAAUCUGCUCUACUACAUUGGAGCGGAAAAGAGGGGAGUGAACCUGGAGAUGGAGCUGUGGCUCAUCACAGAGUUUCACGAGCGGGGCUCCUUGACCGACUACCUAAAAGGGAACGCAGUCAGCUGGAAUGAGUUGUGUCACAUUUCGGAGACGAUGGCUUGCGGGCUGGCCUAUCUGCAUGAGGAUGUGCCCCGACACAAGGGAGAGGGCCCCAAACCUGCCAUCGCCCACAGGGAUUUUAAGAGUAAGAAUGUGUUGCUGAAAGCAGACCUGACCGCCGUCAUAGCAGAUUUUGGACUGGCUGUUCGGUUUGAACCUGGGAAGCCACCAGGAGAUACACAUGGGCAGGUGGGAACGAGGAGAUACAUGGCUCCAGAGGUGUUGGAGGGGGCAAUCAACUUCCAGAGGGAUGCCUUCCUCAGAAUAGACAUGUACGCCAUGGGGCUGGUACUCUGGGAGCUGGUGGCACGGUGCACUGCCUCUGACGGCCCUGUAGAUGAGUACAUGUUACCGUUUGAAGAGGAGAUUGGGCAGCACCCGUCCCUGGAGGACUUGCAGGAAGUAGUUGUCCACAAAAAGAUGAGGCCUGCUUUCAAGGACUGCUGGCUGAAACAUUCUGGUUUGGCGCAGCUGUGCGAAACGAUAGAGGAAUGCUGGGACCACGACGCAGAAGCCCGUCUAUCGGCAGGGUGUGUGGAGGAACGCAUCUCCCAGGUCCGGAGAUUGACGCAUGGCACUACCUCGGAUUGCCUGGUUUCCAUGGUGACUUCUGUCACCAAUGUGGACUUGCCACCCAAAGAGUCCAGUAUCUGAAUCCCGGUCAAUCCCUCAUUUUAUCAGACUCGGUGAAUUUCAGAAAACCGGGGGAAAAAUCAAACAUGAUUGCAGCUGCUAUUUUUUUUUUUUUUUUUUAUUAAUUGUUGUUGUUGUUUGUUGUUGUUAUUAUUAUUAUUAUUAUUAUUAUUAUUAUUAUUAUUAUUAUUAUUAUUUUGGAUCUGAUCAAUAUUACCAGCACACUUCUCUACUGUAUUUUUUGUGAGACAAAAAACAAACAUGCGGUCAUCUCAAACACAUUCAGGUGCGACUAAUGAAUGCUGAAAAAGGUGCAGGUACCUCAAAUAUUUCAUUUGUCAGUUUUGAUUUCUUUUAUUUUAAUUUUGUAUUUUUUUGUUUUUGGAAGUUUUAUUUGGUCUUCUAGAUAGGGGACCGUCUGACAAACGAAAAAUGAAACCAUCUACCAUCUGAGACAAUUACAAUGCUGCAAAACCUUGGAGGAAACUGAAGAGACUGUUACACAAUUUUACACCUUCAAGGGACUACUCAUUUCUUUUACACCUGUGUGUGUGUGUGUGUGUGUGUGUGUGUGUGUGUGUGGGGGGGUGUGUGAGUGUUUUUAUGAAAGCGAGUGCUCAACACAAUAACGGUAUACGUGUCUUUUAUGGAACUAACGGGUGUCAUGGUAACAGAAAAAAGACAAACACUUUUUGCCCCCCCUCCUUCCCUGACCAGCCAAUUCUGUGUCUUGUAGAGGUUGGUUAAGCAUUUUUAUUUGAGAGAGAGAGAUAUAUGCAGGGGGUUGGGGGCAGUUGAAAUUGGAUUGCAGCAUUUGGACAGUAAUAUUUUGUUAGGUACGAAACUGCUUCUCAGGUAGCCGGUCUCCUUGGUGGGUGUUUAUAAGGCAGGGUGUCCGUCUCCUCUGUGUGGUUUAUAAGACAGGGUGGGAAUCUCCUCUGUGUGGUUUAUAAGACAGGGUGUCCGUCUCCUCCUGUGUGGUUUAUAAGGCAGGGUGGGAGUCUCCUCCUGUGUGGUUUAUAAGGCAGGGUGGGAGUCUCCUCCUGUGUGGUUUAUAAGGCAGGGUGGGAGUCUCCUCCUGUGUGGUUUAUAAGGCAGGGUGGGAGUCUCCUCCUGUGUGGUUUAUAAGGCAGGGUGGGAGUCUCCUCCUGUGUGGUUUAUAAGGCAGGGUGGGAGUCUCCUCCUGUGUGGUUUAUAAGACAGGGUGGGAGUCUCCUCCUGUGUGGUUUAUAAGACAGGGUGUCCGUCUCCUCUUUGUGGUUUAUAAGACAGUGUGAGUCUCCUCCUGUGUGGUUUAUAAGGCAGGGUGGGAGUCUCCUCUGUGUGGUUUAUAAGACAGGAUGUCAGUCUCUGUGGUUUUAAAAGGCAGGGUGUCAACCACAACCUAUUAAGUUAGGAGAGACAGAACAGACACUCAUGGAAAGAGAGGGGGCAGGAGCACAGUUUUGUGGGAGUGUCAUAGGUGCCCAAACAAAAAUCUGAGUUUGUGGACGAGCAUGGUGAAAGAAUGUGUGUGUGUGUGUUGAACUCAAUAUAAAGUAUGUGUUUGUAAAGAUGGGCAGUUUCCAAUUAUUGAUGUGUUCAAUCUCUAAUAUAUAUAGAUAUGGUAACAAGAAGACUGAAGAACAAACCUGGAACAUGCUUUCAAAAUACAAACCAUACACAUGGGAAAACACACAUGUGCACUCAGACACACGGACAGUUCAUGACCACAGACCACCUCAAACCAGAAAUACCUCAGAUUUUUCUACAUGUAUGAGUUUUAUUGUAUAUUUUGUUAGUUGUGUUGUCUUUGUAAUCGGUAUAUUUUAAUGCAAGUUGGCUUUUAUGACAAGGGAGUUUAAGAAGAAAACAGAGUUCCAGCAUCUUCUAGGAAGUGAUCCCAUUUCACAUUGUAUAAAAACAUCCAUUGGAAAUAACUGUACACAGUUGUAGAAUACUGCCUGCAUACGGUACCUGGGCAUUACUCAAUAACUGUACUGGCUAUUGUGAAGUCUGUUGCCUAUAGGGACAGUAAACCUUUUUUGCAUGUGAACACUUUUAGAAGUCAAUCAAAUUUCUGUGCCUAUGAACUUUGGCAUUACUUCAUUAAUAAUGAAGUAAUGCAGUUUAAAACGGAAAGAGAGGGGUGCAAAAGAAAUCUGCUCCAUUCGGAGCACUCCUGAAAGUUCCCUUUGUAUUGAAUUCGUGUUUUUAUUAAUAAUGCCACAGCCCGGGUCAGGACAAGUGUUAGUUGAGUCCUGGUCAACCAGAUCCAAACAGUCUUGUACUGCAACAAACAACAAAAUGGAUAAAGUAUUCAAUUAUGUCUGUGGAAUGGAUCAACAGGUUGUUUUAUUUUUGAGUGAUUGAGAAAAACGUUUACUGUCCCAGUUUAGUUUGUGCUGUGUAACCGUUUUUGUGUCACAAUGACUAAAUGAGACUCCACAGCAGUUGCCUUUUCAAACUACUUUUUUCUCUACCCGAGAGCUGUAAGCUUGUUUCCAAGGUGCCAUGUGUUACCUUGCAGGUUGGAGGAUUCGCUUUCCUCUUUGCUUCUGUGUAAUUUAAACCACAUGGAACCGAAAUGAAAUGCCGAUAAUGACUCCUUGUACAGGGCCUGGUUUCAGACUGUUUUGUAAUCAUACGUGUAUCUGUUCAACAGGAAGCUUUUCAGAGCCCCAGUUGUCUGGAGACAGCAGUAUCUGUACAGCUCAGUUCGAUGACUGCAAAGGUAGUUUUGUUAAAAGUGGAGAUUAAAAGGAAAAGGUACAGCUGGUAUACCAUGUUUUGAGGUCUCAGAUUUCCAAUGUAAUAGACUAGACUAUUUGGAAUCGGGGGGUUGAUGUAAACUAAAAAUAACUGCUGUGUUGUACAGGUUGCAUUCAUGUUCAGCACCCAGGUGGUGAUUUGUUUGAAGCAGUGCAUGAGUGAUUCCUGUAGGUGUACAGUGUAACGGGAGCCAGAGAAAAGGGGGUGUAGCUGGUGAAGCGUUUUCCCUUGCUUGCUGAAUAAGAGGAGUUUAGAAGUAAAUAUGGCCAGUGACAAGUUGUAAAUCGGUUGAUCCAGCAGCAAGAUUCAUGGCCGUUUGAGAACGAAUGACCUUUGAGAGUUCAGUCCUGAAGAACCGAGGUGAGGAGUCUUGGUUUAAGCACGCUUUAUGAAGAGAGGCAAGCCAAAGUAGGGUAGAGUGAGCUACCUUGUUUUUAUGAUUUUAUAUAUAUAUAAUAUAUAAAAUCAUAUUUUGUAACUAUUUAGUCAAAUAUUUUGCCAGUUUUAGUAUUAUAGAUUAGUGUCUUUUAAAUGGCAGUAAAGACUCUCCCUGAAUGUAUCUUUUUUUUUUUUUUUUUUUGGCGAAUAGUAAAUCCAUUAGACAAUCUACUUACCAACCAGUUUUUGAGGGCUAGUUGAGUUCUCGCAGCCCUCAGCAUCCAUUAGUUGUGAGACUUUGUCCAGAUGUGUUCUAGGGGAAAUGGCUCUUACAUGAUGCCUGUAUAAAAUGAAUUUCAUAUUUCCUUGUUCAUUUUUUUCUGAUCUUCUAGUUUCUAUGUCUGCAUGACACACAUUUCCUAAAGGUGAUAAUCUUUUUAAAGGCUUAUAUAACAACAGUAUUUAUUUUUUUAAUUUAUUUUUAAAACACAAUGUACCAGUAAACCACAAGAAAGUGAAAAAGCUUGAUUGCUUGGUACAGCAUUAACAUUGAGAUCUGUUGAGAGUUUUUGCCAUGUGCUCUGUUACAGCCUUUGGGUUUUAUUGGUGAAGUCAGACACUGACCCAGUCACAAUCUGCUGUUUUAUUAUUCACAAUUGAUGUCUUGUGAUCAGUAUUAUUAUUAUUGUAGAGAGUUUGGAGUAAACAGCAACAGCGUGUGCAUACCCAUUCUAAAAGCAGUUUGCAUUGAUGGGACUAACAUUAUGAUGUCAUCCAAGCAGUUUUAUUUCUUUAGACAAAAUCUCUGUAUUUUUAUUGGCUACCACUGGGAAGAAUAUAGGCCAAAAGUGAAUAGAAGACAGAAAUGUGUAUGUUUUAGUAUGUCAGUGUUUUACUCUUGCUCAUCUCAUUUUAAAGAUGGCUUUGUUUUGUUUAUUUCCCAAAUGUAAUUAGCUUUAAUGUAGGUAUCCAAUAGAUUUCAAUAAAAAGACCAACUUUGACACAUUUCUGAUGUAUGAUGACAAACGCAAGUCCCAAAGUUGUCCUGAUAUUGUGCCUUUUUCUUUUUGUUUCUGUAAAAGCAGCUGCUGUGGGUCUCUUUGUGUUUUAUAGUACCUGAGAAAAGAGAAGAAAAAAACUUGGCCAGCUGUUUCUGCAUAUAGGUAUUUCAGGAACCAAUUACCUCAAAACCCACGUGUACAUUACAAACACACAAACGGGAACCUCUCUCUACCAGUGCAGCAUGUAAAGCAACCACCCCCCCC